GGGGAGCAGCGUACCCGCCACCCGAGGCCCGGGCGCCCUCGCUCACCUCGCUGACUCCAUCCUAUUUCCACCCCCAGCCCUGCCCUCCGCCCCCUCCCCACCCCCCCGGGUCCCGCGUCCCUCCGGGCCAGGCCAGCCGGGGCCCACUGCGCCCUACCCAGCCUGCUGAUUGGCCACCCGGGGCCUGCCCCGUGUCCAUAAAUACGUGGUCCCUGGGCAUGGAGCGUGGAGAGGGACAGGAGGACAGCCCGGCGCCGCGCAGCAUCCCUCUGCCCUCAUUGACACCUCCACUCCGCGGCUCCGGACCUGGAAGUCAGCCUCGCAGCCCCACAGGCGGACCCACAUCCCUUCCUUUCCCCUUCCAAGAGACACCCGGCCCCCGGAGGCACUCCUCCAGCGGGUCCCCGCGCCCUGAGGCUGCCGCACCCGGCAGCGCCGAGCAUCCUUGCCGCGGUCCUCUCUGCUCCCCUUUCCUCCGCCGCCCCCUGCGUCACACCUGCUGGCCCUCUUCGCCCUUCUCCCCCAGAAUCGUCAGCCCCCCCCCCCACCCCCCAGAUCCCGCUCGCGCCUCUUUAACAAAGUCGUGCUUCCCGGUCCCCGCGCGUUCCCACGCGCCAGGUGUGCCCCGCUGCCAUGAGCUCCCCCAUCGGCAAGAGCCGCUCCCUUGCCGCCGUCCUCCAACAGCUGCGCCACCCGGGGCAGCCCCCCAGAGCCGUGACGUCUGCGGCGUGCGCGCCCCCUCGGCCGCGGGAGGUGCCCCUCUGCCCGGUGAUGGAACGCGGCGAGGCGCAGGACGCGGCCGCCCUGCCGGGUCCCACCAACUGGCCGCUGCUGGGCAGCCUGCCGGAGAUUCUCUGGAAAGGGGGGCUCAAGAAACAGCACGACACUCUGGCCGAGUACCACCGGAAAUACGGCAAGAUUUUCCGCAUGAAGUUGGGUUCCUUCGACUCGGUGCACCUGGGCUCGCCGUGCCUGCUGGAAGCGCUGUACCGCACGGAGAGCGCGUACCCCCAGCGGCUGGAGAUCAAGCCCUGGAAAGCCUAUCGGGACUACCGCCGGGAGGGCUACGGGCUGCUGAUCUUGGAAGGAGAAGACUGGCAGAGAGUUCGGAGUGCCUUCCAGAAGAAACUAAUGAAACCAGUGGAAAUUAUGAAGCUGGACAACAAAAUCAAUGAGGUCUUGGCUGAUUUUAUGGGUAGAAUAGAUGAGCUCUGUGAUGAGAGAGGCCGCAUUGAAGGCUUAUACAGCGAACUGAACAAAUGGUCAUUUGAAAGCAUCUGCCUUGUGCUCUAUGAGAAGAGAUUUGGACUCCUUCAGAAGAAUGCAGGAGAUGAAGCUUUGAACUUCAUCACGGCCAUCAAAACGAUGAUGAGCAUGUUUGGGAGGAUGAUGGUGACCCCGGUUGAGCUGCACAAGAGCCUCAAUACCAAGGUGUGGCAGGCCCACACGCGGGCCUGGGACACCAUCUUCCGAUCAGUCAAAUCUUGCAUCGACAGCCGGUUGGAGCACUAUUCUAAGCAGCCCAGCAAGGAUUUCCUUUGUGAUAUUUAUCUCCACAAUCAGCUUUCCAGGAAAGAACUGUAUGCGGCUGUCACAGAGCUCCAACUGGCUGCAGUAGAAACGACGGCAAACAGCUUAAUGUGGAUUCUCUACAAUUUAUCCCGUAAUCCCCGUGUGCAACAAAAGCUUCUUAAAGAAAUUCAGAGUGUAUUGCCUGGGAAUCAGAUGCCACGGGCAGAGGAUUUGAGGAAUAUGCCAUAUUUAAAAGCCUGCCUGAAAGAAUCCAUGAGGCUGACCCCAAGUGUACCAUUUACAACCCGGACUCUUGACAAAGCUACGGUUCUGGGUGACUAUGCUUUACCCAAAGGAACAGUGUUGAUGCUCAAUACCCAGGUGUUGGGAUCCAAUGAAGAAAACUUUAAAGAUCCCAGUCAGUUUAGGCCCGAACGGUGGCUUCAGGAGAAGAAAAAGAUUAAUCCUUUUGCGCAUCUUCCGUUUGGUGUUGGGAAGAGAAUGUGCAUCGGUCGCCGACUGGCUGAGCUCCAGCUCCACUUGGCUCUGUGCUGGAUCGUCCGCAAAUACGACAUCGUGGCCACGGACGACAAGCCCGUAGAGAUGCUGCACCUGGGUAUUCUGGUACCCAGCCGGGAGCUCCCCAUAGCUUUCUGCCAGCGGUAAGAGCCUCAGAAUUUUUUUUCUUUUUUUACCAUGAUCAACAGCAGCGAUUUUUACCCUCUUGCAAGAAUGGUCCUUAUGGCUUCUACGUUACUGGAAAGCAAACUGCAAAAGCUAGAGCCUGCAACAGUGCACAAAGGACAGUUGGAUCUAGAAGCUUAUACUCAUUCUUCGAUACAAUUGUUCCGGAAGCUGCACUAUGUAGACGAUGGCAUUUAAUAAGAUUGUAUCUGGCUCCGGAGAGCAGACUGAGUGUUGGGAGACAAGACACUACAGGGUAUGCUGCUGGCUGACCCCGAACCCGUGUCCGCACCGGCUUGGCUUAGAGAAUUGUUCAGGAUCCUGUUUUCUUUUGCAUCUCACCGUGACGUGACAGGGAGGCUGGGCCUUUAUUUGUCAGUUAGUCUGCAGACGUCACAACAUGUUUCUGUCCCCACCCUUCCAAAUUCACACCGCUUGGAUCUUUACUUCUCGAGAGUGAGUUUACGUUUCAUGAUGUUAAGCUAAAUUGUCUGGGGCUUGAGGUUAAUAAUGACAGUCCAUUUAUUGUAACUCUGCUUAACGUGAUGUUGGGGAAAAUACUUGUUUAUCACGUCAGCAAAACUAAAUGUUAAAGUUACCGGGUCUCCGUGAAACUGCAUUUUUCCUGUUUUGAAAUUGCAGCAUUCUUGGGAAAUUAGAGAAGAACUCUAUUUUAAGAAGUACUUUGAUGAAGUCAGAACCUCUUAUCUAAGAAUGCCUUACUGACAUACUGUGGCAUCCUUUUGUGAGAGGAUUCUGAAAUUCUUUAUUUAGGUAAUGGAUUUCCUCUAUGGCAUUAAGAAGUGAAUCAGCAGUUUUUUAAAGUGUGUGUAUGUGUGUGUACUGUAAUGGAAAUUUGCUUACGUCAUUUUUAAAAAUAUAUAUGGUAUUUGAUUUAGGAUCUGUGGUUUAGAGCAGUGUUUCCCAAAGUCCAGCCACAGUUUAAAAAUAUUCAGUGACUUAUCAUGCCUUAAUUUUCCCCCUCUAUAGAAUGGAACAGUAGUAAAGUGUGUAUAUGUUAUAGAUUUGCUGUAUCGGCCAUGUUAUGUGAUUUCAACUCCCUGAGAAAAUACAGUUUCAUAAUGGAAAAUGCAUAAAGAUUUAUACAAUACUUACAAAACUUUGUGAAAAAACAUGUGUACGUAUGGUUUAUUUUUAUAUAUAUUUACUACUACGUUUCCUAAAAACAUACCAUAUGUUUCUGUAUAUUUGAUAGGUUUCUCUUUUUAGGUUAUAUUUUUAGGAUAUUUCAGAAGCGUACCUUUAUAUUGUUCCAUUUGAAUGAUUAUGUACAUAUCACUAAAAUAGAUGUAUGCUUUCUCCCUACUGUGAAAUUAUGUUGUAGAAUUCUAAAUCCACAUGUCAUCAGAUCUCAUCUGUAGAUCUUCAUUGAACUCCCUGAAAAUCAGAAUAAAAGCUUCCAAAUAUUCCAAAAA